AGUUGCAGGCUGCAUCACAGGCUGGAUGAGGAUAAAGGUCCACGCGAACACAAUCUGCCCAGAGAACCAAUCAAUAAAGAGGUCUCGGGGUUAAGUUGAUGGUUCAUUCGGGAGUACUUCCCUCAACAUGAGGGUCUGUAGCUGAUUUGGAUAUUGAACACAGGCUACCUGUUGCUAAGAGUUCAAUAUCCAUUUCCCAGAGUUUCGGCGAGCAGAGCUGGGCGCAAUUACGCACAAGUACCAAUGGCACCGAUUUGGGACAGACGGGCUCCCGCGUUGCUCUUGGUGUGGAGCUACUGCGUCCUGGCGGAUACCGCCUUUACGAACUUUACUCUGGACAACGAGUUCCACUCCAGUUUUAUCCACCGUCGGCUGAAGAGCCAGGAGCGCAGAGAGAUGCAGCGGGAGAUCCUGUCGAUCCUCGGGCUGCCGCACCGGCCGCGACCUCACCUCCACGGAAAGCACAACGCCGCCCCGAUGUUUAUGUUGGACCUGUACAACGCCAUGUCCACAGAGGGGGACGAGGACAGAUACUCAUACCCCUACAAGCCCGUCUUCACCACCCAGGGGCCCCCGAUAGCCAGCCUGCAAGACAACAACUUCUUAAACGAUGCAGACAUGGUGAUGAGCUUUGUCAAUUUAGUAGAGCACGACAAGGAAUUCCUCCCAGUGCGGCGGCAUCACAGAGAGUUCAGAUUUGACCUCUCGCGGAUCCCAGAGGGGGAGACGGUCACCGCUGCUGAGUUUCGCAUUUACAAAGACUUCAUCCACGAACGCUACGAUAACGAGACCUUCCGCAUCAGCGUCUACCAGGUGUUGGAGGAACAUUCAGAUAGAGAGUCCGAUCUGUUCCUGCUGGACUCGCGGGUGAUCUGGGCAGCAGAGGAGGGCUGGUUGGUGUUCGACGUGACAGCCACCAGUAACCACUGGGUCCUGAACCCGGGCAGGAACCUGGGGCUACAGCUCGCGCUGGAGAGCACAAACGGAGAGAGUAUCAAUCCUCGUGUGGCGGGGCUGAUAGGUCGCAGUGGGCCUCAGAAUAAACAGCCCUUCAUGGUGGCCUUCUUCAAAGCAACCGAGGUGCACCUGCGAAGUAUCCGCUCAGCGCCGGCAGGGACCAAACAGCGUAACCCCAACCGCUCCAAAGGGGCAAAGAGCCAAGAGGCACUCAGAGUGGCCAGUGUUGCAGAAAACAGCAGUACUGAUCAGAAGCAGGCGUGUAAGAAGCACGAGCUCUACGUCAGUUUCAGGGACCUGGGGUGGCAGGACUGGAUCAUCGCUCCAGAGGGAUACGCGGCGUACUACUGCGAGGGCGAGUGCGCCUUCCCACUAAACUCCUACAUGAACGCCACAAACCACGCCAUUGUGCAAACCCUUGUUCAUUUCAUUAACCCAGAGACCGUCCCGAAGCCUUGUUGUGCCCCCACGCAGCUCCACGCCAUCUCAGUGCUCUACUUUGACGACAGCUCCAACGUCAUCCUCAAGAAAUACCGCAACAUGGUGGUCAGAGCUUGUGGCUGCCACUAGACUCUCGGCAUCUUCACACAGACACACAUGUAUGCACACACACGCACACACACGCACAC